AGAGAGGUUGGGUUCUAUCUUCAGCUACAUCCGCUCAUCAUCAGAGCUGACUGGUUGCGUGUUAUAAACACCGCUGUUCUGGUCCAGAAGGCCAAAUAGCGACAAGCAUCAUGUUGCGUUUCCCAGCCGUCGGUCGAGCUUUAUCUGGGGCUGCCAAGGGCAGCCUGGCUCCAUCCAACAAUGUUCGUACCCAAUCCCGUGCUGCCGGUACGAUGGUGGAGGUGUUUGUGGAUGGCAAACCUGUGGAAGUGGAGGCUGGCACCACUGUUUUGCAGGCCUGUGAAAAGGUGGGCGUCCAGAUCCCCAGGUUCUGUUACCACGAGCGACUGUCUGUGGCGGGAAACUGCAGGAUGUGUCUGGUGGAGAUCGAGAAGGCCCCCAAGCCAGUGGCAGCCUGCGCCAUGCCCGUCAUGAAGGGCUGGAACAUCCUUACCAACUCAGACAAGACGCGUAAAGCAAGAGAGGGAGUUAUGGAGUUCCUGCUGGCCAACCACCCCCUGGACUGCCCCAUCUGUGACCAGGGAGGAGAGUGUGAUCUACAGGACCAGUCCAUGCAGUUCGGCUCGGACCGCAGUCGCUUCACAGAGAACAAGCGGGCGGUCGAGGACAAGAACAUCGGGCCGCUGAUCAAGACCAUCAUGACACGCUGCAUCCAGUGCACACGCUGUGUCCGGUUUGCCAGCGAGAUCGCGGGCGUGGAGGACCUGGGCACGACGGGCCGCGGCAACAACCUGCAGAUCGGCACGUACGUGGAGAAGAUGUUCAUGUCGGAGCUGUCGGGCAACGUCAUCGACAUCUGCCCCGUGGGCGCGCUCACCUCCAAGCCCUACGCCUUCACCUCGCGGCCCUGGGAGACCAGGAAGACAGAGUCCAUCGACGUGCUGGACGCGGUGGGCAGCAACAUCGUGGUGAGCACCCGCGGUGGGGAGGUGAUGAGGGUCAUGCCCCGGCUGAACGAGGACGUCAACGAGGAGUGGAUCUCCGACAAGACCAGGUUCGCCUACGACGGCCUCAAGAGGCAGAGGUUGACCCAGCCAAUGGUGAAGAACGCCUCAGGUCAGCUGAUGGCCACCUCGUGGGAGGACGCUCUGACCCGCGUGGCGGGGGCACUCCAGGGAGCGCAGGGCAGCGAGGUGGCGGCCAUCGCCGGGGGCAUGGCGGACGCAGAGUCCCUGGUGGCCCUCAAGGACCUGCUCAACGGACUCAACUCAGACAGCCUCUGCACGGAGGAGCUGUUCCCCAUGGACGGGGCCGGCACGGACCUGCGCUCCAACUACCUGCUGAACACGCGCAUCGCCGGCAUCGAGGAGAGCGACGUGCUGCUCCUGGUCGGGACCAACCCCCGCUACGAGGCGCCGCUCUUCAACGCCCGCAUCCGCAAGAGCUGGCUGCACAAUGAGCUGCGCGUGGCCCUGGUGGGCCGGGAGGUGGACCUGAGCUACACCUACGACCACCUGGGGGAGGAGUCGGACGUGCUGCAGCAGCUGGCCAGCGGCACGCACCCCUUCUGUGAGGUGCUGGCGUCGGCCAAGCGUCCCACGGUGGUGGUGGGCAGCAGCGCCCUGCAGCGCGCCGACGGCGCCGGCAUCCUGGCGGCCGUGUCGGCGCUGGCGCAGAACGCCCGCGUCAGCAGCGGCGUGGAGGAGGGCUGGAAGGUCCUCAACGUGCUGCACAGGGUGGCCAGCCAGGUGGCAGCGCUGGACCUGGGCUACAAGGCGGGCGUGGACGCCAUCCGCAACAACCCGCCCAAGAUCCUCUUCCUGCUGGGCGCCGACGCCGGCUGCAUCACCCGGGCCGACCUGCCCAAGGACAGCCUCGUCAUCUACCAGGGUCACCACGGCGACGUGGGGGCGCCCAUGGCGGACAUCAUCCUGCCGGCCGCCGCCUACACGGAGAAGAACGCCACCUACGUGAACACGGAGGGGCGGAGCCAGCAGACGCGCAUCGCCGUCACCGCCCCCGGGACGGCGCGCGAGGACUGGCAGAUCAUCAGGGCCUUGUCCGAGCUGGCGGGCGUGGCGCUGCCCUACGACACUGUGGAUGAGGUCCGCAGCCGGCUGGCCGAGGUCUCCCCCAACCUGACCCGCUACGACGACGUGGAGGGGGCCAACUACUUCAAACAGGCUAACGAGCUGGCCAGCGCCGUGAACCAGACACUGCUCGCCGCUCCCCUGGUUCCCCCGCAGCUCACCGCCAAGGACUUCUACAUGACAGACUCCAUCAGCCGGUCCUCCCAGACCAUGGCCAAAUGUGUGAAGGCCAUCACGGAGGGAGCCGCAGCCAUCGACGAACCAUCCAUCUGCUAAACGCCACUCACUAAUUGAGAGCGGUAGAGAGUCUUCAACACACGGAUACACAUGCAUCCACAUUACAUCCAACACCUUCAAAGUAUGCUUACACACAAAUACACACACAACACAUACAUACGCAGAGUUGGAGCCUCGCCUUUAUUUAAAUGUGUUCUUGAUGCUUGUUGUGUACAGUCGAUCUAUUCCUCUCAAGACACAGCUCUGAUUAACUUGUAAUGAAGUCUGAAUAAAAAUAAAUCCUUAUGUUGUAGCCAGUCGUGGUUCGUAAUCAUU